UCGGCCCAAGAAUAAUAUUAGAAAGAAUGAAAACAACAAUAAAAUUGUACAUGUUAAAUCAUUUUCUCAAAACUAGAAUGAAAAAACCUACCAUCCACCAAGAAUAGUAAGUUACAUAUACUAAGAAUUGCUGGAAAUAUAACAAAACAAUAAUGGCCACCAAAUUGAGUCAUAGCUAGAUAACCACCCAUCCUUAUUCUACUCCACUAGAAGAGGUACCCAAAUCAGCAAAACUUCCCCAAAUUAAUAGUCACCUUCCCUUUGAUUUUUUCCAAACCCCAUGCCCAUCUCGUGUUUCUUUCUCUACCUCCCCAUCUCUUUACCCUCAAAGGAGAACUUGAAAUCUCUUUAUAUUUCCUUCUUUCUUGUUUGCUUUGCUUGCUCUUUUUUUUCUUCUCUUUUUCUCUCUCUAAGUAUCAUCUCUCAAAGAGAAUACUGGAGAGCCAAGCCAUGGCUGCCUGUGGAAGCCUUCAACACAUCUUUGAAAACCCGUUACCGGAAAACCCGACUCUGCUUGAAUCCCUCUCCUCGUGGAACCAAAUCAAGCCUGCUAUUAAACCUAUCGAGCCAUCUUCUUUCACUGAAAUCUUUGGUGAACUUCAUUUCAAGGAAAAUUCCAAACCAUCUUCAGCCUCUUCCUUUCCUAUCUCACCCUUUUCUUCCACAUCUAUAAUAGAUUUGAGUCCUCAAAACAGUGCAUUCAAGCUCUCCAAGAAUGAUACUUUCAAUGAAAAUGAUGAAAACGAUAAUAGAAGUUCACCACCAGAGAUUUUUUCAAGCACCCCAAAGAUCACCACGUACACAAAUUGCCACAAGAAGAGUGAAAGCUUUUCAUUGAACUCUGAGAGCCUACAGCUAUGCACUGAAGGGCUUGGUUUCGAAAGCUCUGACGAUGUUGAGGACUUGAAAAAUGAGAUGAAAGAAGGUUGGCAAGGCAAAGAGGAGAAAGCAAGUAGCAUUAAUACUACAAAGCAUACCACAACAGAGAAUUUAUGUGGUGAAUUCAGGAGGCCAAGAACUAGUGGAGGAGCAUUCCCACCACCAAUUUCCUGUAUUGGAAAGAGUGGGAAGCCUUGGGUUUGCUUCAAGUCUUACAGGCAAGAUGGCAGAUUUGUGCUGAAAGAGGUAAGAAUCCCUACACAAGAAUUCUUGCAUGCAUGUAGGGAAGAUGGGCGCUUGAAGCUGCACUUUGUGCAGCCAGAAGAUGAAAUCUUGGAAGAGGAGGACUUCGAGGAGGAGGAAGAGGAUGAACUAGAAGAUCUAGGAGAAGGAACCCAUGGUAGCAUUGAUGAAGAUAAAGAGAAAAGCCAAGCCUGAUAACAAUCAGAAAUGAAGUCAAUUUAGCCAAAAUUGCAAUAUGAAAAUUAAAAAAAAAAAGAAAUUAUGGUUUAAGUAGAUUGGCAUGCAUAUAUUAGAAAAUUAGAGGAAAAAAGAAAAAGAAAAGAAACAACCUUUCCUUGUGUAUUUGAGUCUCCAAGGGUACUCCAAAUUAAUAACUAGAGAGCUUCACUUGCUA